AUGGCGCUCGCGCCAUCCCAGGCUGCAGUCGUGGCCUGGAUCGCCGCGAUCGGCCCCGCCGACCCCUGGCCCUUCGGCGCAGCGGUGCCGGGGGCCGCCGCCGCGGAGCGCAGCCGCGCGCGCGAUUGCCUCGCGUCUUCUUCGCUCGCCAGCCCACCGCCUCCAUCGCAGGCGCCGUUGGCACUGGCGGCCUUCGAGGCGGCCGCGCCUCCGCCUGCCGCGCGGGGGGGCGCUUUGGGCCUCGUCGAGCCAGGCGAGGGCAGCAUCGCGGCGUUCGCGGUCUUCGGGGCGAUCGAGACAUUGGCGCAGCUGUGCCGUUGCGGGUCCGCGCCGGGCGACGGCGCCGAGACGGCGCAGUUCGCCAGGUUCCCGUCGGAAGACGUGUUGCGCGGGCUCGUCGCGCAGGCCAUGGCCGAGGUGGCAUCGCUCCGUUCGGCCGAGCCGGACCGGCUCGUUCCCGCCGACCCGACGCACUUCGCUUCGGUGGGCGGGCGGCGCUACCCUCUUGUGCGACACCGCCUCAAUGGCAUGCAAGUGCUGCGCGCUGGGGCCAAGGCGACCGCGGGCGCCGCGAAGGUCAGCGAUUUCGUUUAUGCCUCCCUGCAGAUCUCGGCGCGCGAGCUGGCCGUGCGAGGCGCUGACGGCGCGCCCGCCGACAACGGGCGCCGCGUCGGCAUCGCCCCGGCCGCGGAGCGGCGCGCCGAGUCUCCCGGCGCCCCUGCCGAGCCGCAUUCCGCCGUCGAGCAGGGCGAUGCGCGCGUUGUGGGCGGGCGCCGGACUCCGCGGGCCAAUGCGAGGUUCUACCCUGGCGCGGGCGCCGCCGUGGACAUGGCGGCGCCUGAGCUGAAACGCUACGUGGCGAAGAAGGGCGAGGCGGAGGCCGAGUCGACGCGGUUCGAGCGCGUGUGGCGCAAUGUUUUACUGCCGAGGCGCGCGGCCGGCGAUGCCGGGAGCCGCGGGGGCCUGGGCAAUCUGGUGCUGGACGCCACGGCCGCCCGCGGAGCUCCCAAGGAGGACGCUUCCCAGCACUCGAAGUCCUUGUCGCCAGCGCUGCGCCGUGCAUACUCCAGCAAGAAGCGCUUCCUGAUUCUGGGGGGCAGCGACUCCUCGGGGUACAAGUCCAGGAGCGCAGCGCAGAACAAGGUCAACAAUUCCAUCGAGGACCUCGGCGCGGACGACCCGUUGGACCAGGACUCGUGGCACAGGCAGCUCAGCGGCAGCGCGACCUACCCGUCCAGCAGCCUUGCCUCGCUCAAGAUCGCAGAAGUGGUCCACAGCGAGCCCGCCGCGGACUCGGGGGCUGCGACAUCGCGAGCCUCCCCGGCGAGCCCAGCGCGGACUCGCUCGUCCCACGGCGGCGGCUCGGCGCGUGAAGGCCCGGCGGCCCAUGGCGCCCAGCCCGCCGCGGAGGAGCCCGAGGACUCCACGGGCCUGGGCAUCCAGGUGCUGGAGCUGAGGCCCGGUGCCUCGGCGAGCGGCAGCGCAGCGGGGUCGGCCGCGCCGAAGUACGACAGCGGCCAGGCAGCGCAUGCCAGUGAUGGGUCGUUGUUGAGACGCCUUGGGAGGAGGGCCAAAUCUUCGCUCAACAUCAUGCAGCUGGCCAGGAAAGGCAGCAGUGGAAGCAUACCUGGCACUACACCCACCGCAGGCCUCCGUGGUGUUUUUUUCGCGAGCGGCCUGAAGCGGCCCGCCCUCGGCAGCAGCAGCUCGCUCGGCAGCGCCGCCAGCCGCAGCGUGAUGAGCCUCGGCAAGUCGACCUCCAGCCUGUUCGCGUCCGCCGCGGAGUUGCCUCAGAGCCCGGCCCCGGAGACGCAAAGCCCGGCCAUGGGGGCAAAGAAGUCCGAGGACACCAUUGGCAACGCCGUGGUUGCCCUCAUACACAUGGUCGCGGACGGCUCUGUGGAUGGUAUCGCCGGGUCUCGCAGAUCGAGUAUUGAUUGGGGGAGGACGCAGAUAAGCGAGCUCAUCGAUGCACUGGACGAUGAGCCAGACGCCAAGGCGCAAUUUUCGAACCACUGUUACUUCUACAAUCUGGCCAUCCGUGGAAGGCGCCCCAAGUGUAUGUACAAGGCCUGCGAGUGCGGCCGGGUGCACGAGCGGAUACCCGAAGACGUCUUCGAGAAUUUCCCUUUCCCCGCCCUGCAGGACGGGGGCCUCGGCAGCGACGCGGAGCUGCGCAAGCGGUUCGUCGAGAUGGACACCGGCAACGACAGCAGGCUCUGCGAGCGCGAGGUCCAGGACGCCAUCGUCCGUGCAGGUGUUACCCCCAAGCUUGGGCAGAUCGGAAUUAUCAUGAAGCUCCUCGUGGAGACCGACAGGGGUUUCAUCUACUUCCCCGAGUUUUGCCAGAUGGGGCGAUUGAGCUUGCAGUACAACACGGUCUGCGGCCUCACGCCGCCCCAGACCGCGCCGCACCUCCAGGAGGGGGCUCCGUGA